AUGAGGCAGUAACUAAUUCACAUCUAAGUGAGUUGCAGCUGAAUGACAGUGACAGUAUGGCAGCAGCAUUUGUAUCAGAAGACACUGUUCCCAGAAGUCGCAGGGGCAGCAAUGCAUUACUGCCACCCUACAUGUCUGAGCUCAGAGUGGUUCUAUUGGGGAACAGCUUGUCUGAGAGGAGCUCAGUGGGGAACUUCUUACUUACAGACACAAAGUUAAAUGCAGCUGAAGAACUGGAGUGCUGUGUGAAAGUCAGUGGAAAGAUUCAAGGGGAAAAAAUAGUUCUCAUCAAUACACCUGAUCUGCUUCACCCAAACAUCUCAGAAGACAAAUUAAAGGAACAUGUAGAAACCUGUGUGAGGCUUUCUCAUCCUGGACCACAUGUGUUCCUGCUGGUUCUACAGCCUGAAAACUUCAUAGAGUAUCAAAAAAUGAAGCUCUGUCAAGUCCUUCAGCUCUUCAGUGAUCAAUCUUUUGAUCAUUCACUGGUUUUUGUAUCACCACCCACAAAGGGAUUUUCAUUACAAGAGAACAUUUAUAAUUAUGAUGCACCCUUACGACAAAUGAUCAGAAAAUGUGGAAACAUGUCACUGAAGUUCAAACAACUUGAUAUUCUGGAGUUUCUGAAAAGUGUAAACCAGAUUCUAGAAAGGAACAAUAGAAAACAUGUGAUUUGUCAUCACACUAGCACUCAACAACGGAAAGCAGUUCCUGAUAAUCUGGAUUAUGAUCAGUCUGUUGGGCAAGGACUUAAAAUUAUGUUGUUUGGAACAAACCCAGAGAAGAAGAUGGCACUCUGUAACUUUAUUGUUAAGAAAAAAACUUCUUGUUAUUCAAGUUUAACUCAAAACGACAAAGUUGUCCAAGGAGAGUGGAGAGGAAAACAAUUAACAGUAGUGCAAACUCAAGACAUGUUGGAUCAGUCUUUCAGUACAGUGAGAAAGGAAAUUAAGAGCCGUGUGAGUCUCUGUCGUCCUGGCCCAAAUGUUCUGCUGCUGUUAGUGAAACCUUCUGAUUUCACUGAGAAGAACAGACAAACUCUGACGUCCAUCCUGAGUUUGUUUGGUCAGGAUGCCUUUAAACACUCCAUGGUCAUCAUCACGGAUAAAGAGGAAACAAGUUAUUCUGUUACAUCACUCCUUGCAGAUUGUGAAGGCAGACACUACAACAUGAUUGAAAAUGAUCAUGAAAAAUUAAUGGAGAAGAUUGAGAACAUGCACAAUAUCCUCAAAGGAAAAUUCCUCAAAGUCAUUAAAGAGACCACAAAGUCAAUGUCUGAACACAAGAUACAAAAUUUAAACCUGGUUCUGUGUGGGAGGAGAGGAGCAGGGAAGACUUCAGCAGCCAAGGCCAUUUUAGGUCAGACUGAGCUUCAUUCAGUCUCCAACUCAUCAGAGUGUGUUAAACAUCAGGGAGAGGUGUGUGGACGUUGGCUUUCCCUGGUGGAGCUGCCUGCCUUGUAUGGAAAACCUCAGGAGGCAGUGAUGGAGGAAUCACUCAGGUGUAUCUCCCUCUGUGAUCCUGAGGGUGUUCAUGCCUUCAUCCUGGUCCUACCUGUGGCUCCCCUCACUGAUGAAGACAAGGGAGAGUUAGAGACCAUCCAAAACACAUUCAGCUCUCGAGUCAAUGACUUCACCAUGAUUCUGUUCACUGUGGACUCAGAUCCGACAGAUCUUGCUGUUAACUUUCUAAAGGAAAACAAGGACAUCCAGAAGCUCUGUGAGAGCUGUGGAGGAAGAUCAGUUGUUCUCAACAUCAAUAACAAACAGCAGAUCACCCAGUUUUUUCAUGAUAUGGAUCAAAUGAGACACACCGUGGCCAGAUCAUAUUGCUAUACAACAAAGACAUUUGCACAUGCUCAAAUAGAAAAAAUCAGAGAGCAAGCAAAAUGCAUCAACUUCACAGGUAAUGAAGAGAAGCAGAGCUCAGAGCCUCUCAGAAUUGUCUUGCUAGGUAAGACUGGCAGUGGAAAGAGCUCUUCUGGAAACACCAUUCUAGGAACAAGAGCGUUCAAAGCUAAGAAUAACCCCAAAUCUGUCACCAAACGUUGUCAGAAAGCAUGUGGUGAAGUAGACGGUCGUCCUGUUUUUGUGGUCGACACUCCUGGACUGUUUGAUAACAGUUUGUCACAUGAAGAGAUCAAUGAGGAGAUGGUGAAAUGUUUCAGUCUUCUGGCUCCAGGACCACAUGUCUUCCUGCUGGUUUUAAAGGCUGGAAGAAUCACACCAGAAGAGAAAGAAGCAUUAAAACUUAUCAAGGAAGGCUUUGGGAAGAAUUCAGAAAAAUUCACCAUCAUUCUUUUCACUGGAGGAGAUUCACUGGAACGUGAGGGGCAGUCCAUUCAUGAUUACAUUGAAAAAUCUGAUGAUUCCUUUAAGAAGCUGAUUGGUGAGUGUGGCGAAAGAUUCCAUAUGUUUGAUAACCUUGAUGAACAAAACCGGGAACAAGUCACUGAGCUGAUAACAAAGAUUGAUGACAUGGUCAAAAAAAAUGGUGAAAGCUGCUUCACCAAUAAAAUGCUGCAAGAAGCUGAAGCUGCGAUCCAGAAAGAGAGGGAUACAAUUCUGAAAAAGAAGGAGGAAGAAAUAAACAGAGAGAUGGAAGACCUUAAAAGAAAACAUGAGGAGGAAAUGCAAGAAAUGAAGAACAAAAUAGAAGAACAGAAAACAGAAAUUGAACAAGAAAGAAAACAAAGAGACAAAGAGCUUAAAAAAUUGAAGAAAAGGCUUAACAACAGAAAGAGAGAACAAGAAUUAAGAGAUGAAGAAGACAGAGAAAGGAAAGAAGAGGAAGAAUCACAGCGUAGGGAUUGGGAACAAAGGUUUUUAGAUUUAGAAGUAAAAAUGAAAAACGAACUGGAAUCAAAGCAAAUCAUUGACAGACAACUGGAGCAGAGCAGAGCAGAAAUGAAAGAGAAACAGGAGGCAUGGGAGAAUGAACAAAAAGAAUGGUGGCAGAAAAGAGAGCAGGAAAAUGAACUGAGGCAACAGGAGGAGCAGAAAAUUAUGAGCAAAUUGAAAGAAUAUGAGCAGGAAAAAGAAGUUCUUGAGAAAGAAGUAAAAGAAAAGGAUUUCCUGUUAACAGAAAAGGGGGAAAAAGAGAAAAAGGAACUACAGGAAAACUAUGAGAAAAAACUGAUGGAAGUGACGGAAACAUUUGAAGAAAAAGCCAGAAAACAAGCAGAAGAAUACAAUGAAUUCAGGGAGAAAUGCAUGAAAGAGUUAGAGUGUAAGGAGUGCACAGCCGAAGAUGAACAAUAUGACAUCUUAAGAGCACUAAAAGCUCAAAAAGAAGAAAAAAUGAAAAAACACAAAGAAGAGAUAUAUAACUUAGUGAGAUGUUUCACCAAAAAGAGGGCAAACACAAAAAAAGUCCGCAAGCUAUUGAAAAAGCAUGAACGUGAGAUGAAGUCUGUGGAAGAUCAAGAGGAAGAGGAGGCCCUCGAGGAAAAACAUGACAAAGAAAUAAGUGAACUGAUACAAGAACUUAUAAACAAAAGUGAUGAUAACUGUCAUAUUUUAUGAGGCAUAUACACUUUCAGCUAUUGUAAAAGCAAGGCUAGACUUGCGUGUGUCCACCACUUCUGCUCAGACUGAAAGUCAAGAAACAUUGGAUAGAUUUUCAUUAAAUUUAACUCAACCAUUUUGGAAA